UUUCCCUGUGCUUAGGCUCCAAGUGAAAAUCCCCUAAAGUGAAGAAAACUCCACACACACACGCUCGCACGCACACACACACGCAGAGAGAGACACGCGUUGAAAGGAAAAGCGGUGUGUCAAGUGCGAAAAGUGCAAAAAGUGCGGAAAGUGAAGUGGCGGGCGUCGGAGAGCCGGAGUCGUCCGUCGCAGGAAAAUCCGUCAGCAUGGAUGUCGAAACACAGGAAAUACGACAGGCUCGUCAACGUGCUUCCGUCAAGUGGCUGCUCUCGAAGGCCUUUAACAAUCGCGUGCCAGACAACCUGAAGGAGCCCUUCUAUCGCGACCAUGAGAACCAGGAGCGCCUCAAGCCGCAGAUCAUCGUGGAGCUGGGCAAUGCCACGCUCUACUGCCAGACGCUGUCCAAUCUGUACUCAGAUCCCAACUACCAAAGCAUGAACCACUGGUCAAUAAUACAGACGCUAGCGCGCAAGGGAGUUCCCGUGGCGGAGACCUCGGACAUGCCCAUUACCGAAACGGUAUUAAUUCAAACGAAUCCGCUGCGAAUUAACGCCCACAUGUCUGUGAUAGAAUCGCUGAUGGUUUUGUAUGCGAAGGAAAUAUCGUCGGGUGACCGCGUCAUGGCGGCCAUACGAAGAAUAUCUGGCAACAACUAUCAGGCGCCUCCUGGCCAGUCCUAUGAGCAAGCUCUGCUGGGCUGGAUUUCGCAUGCUUGCGCUGCUCUAAAGAAGCGCAUUAUCAAGGAGGUGGACGCUGGGCUGCCCGAUGAUAAUGGCUCUCGUCUGCAGACGCCGGACAUACCGCCUGUGAGGGACUUCCAGGAUCUGUGCGACGGCAUCUGCUUGGCGCUGCUUAUCUCGUACUAUUGCCCCAAGGUGGUGCCGUGGACGAGUGUGCGGAUUAAUUAUCUGCCGGCCGUCGAGGAUUCGAUUCAUAACAUCCUGCUGGUGUGCAACUUCUCGCAGAAGCAUCUGCCCUACAGCGUGUUCCACAUGACGCCCGAGGAUGUGACCUAUAUGAGAGGAUCCAUGAAACUGAAUCUGGUACUGCUGCUCACGGAUCUGUUCAAUCUGUUCGAGAUACACCCAGCCAAGUGCGUUUGCUACCCCGGCAUGGAUGGUCAGGUUCCGCACUCGAAUUCAUUUGGCGGCGGCCUAAAUCGCAGAUCAACCCCGCCCAACGAAUACCAGACGGUUCAGUCAAAUAAUUUUGACGGUAAUAAUCAUGCCGAAGCCUUUGUGGUGCACAAGUCGCGUGGCAUCACCACACUCGCCUCCAUGCACUCGCAGCAGCAGCAGCAGCUCCAUCAGCAACAUCAGCAGCAGCAGCAACAGCAACAGCAGCAGCAAUACCAGCAGCACCCGUCCCACUCGCAGCUCCAAAUCCAGCAGCAGCAGGAGCCCUUGGUUCCGGCUCGCUUGCGCCAGGCUAAAGAAAAGACCAAUGUCGAGUCGAAGGCGGACGAGAGAGGCGAUUUUGUCGCUGCCGGUCGACCAAGUAACUGGGAACAGAGCCGCCGGCCCAGCUUUGCAGGACGUCGCUCACGCAGGAAUUCCUCGAGUGAGGACUCCCAGCUGACCAUUGAAAACUUUGGCGGCUCACAGGAUCAGCUGAAUACAUUAGGACGCUACGAACGCGACAGGGAACGUAAGUUGUCCAACACCAGCGUGGGUGGUAGUGGCUAUCCAGUGGAACCCGCCGUGGCCGUUCGAUCCUCGAUUGCCGAUGCGCGGGGCACGUUGCAGCUGGGUUACGACACGGAUUCGGGCUCUGAGAAGCAGGAUCGCGAGACGGAAAAGUAUUCGAUGCGGCGGCAAGUCAGCGUGGACAAUGUGCCCACUGUUUCGUCGCACAAUCUUUCGAAUGCGGGCAGCCCGUUGCCGGUGGCCAGGCACAAGCAACAUUCCAGCGACAAAGACUACGGCAGCAACAGUGGGGUGACGAUGACGCCGGAUACGCCGUACAACGAUACCCGUUCCACCAGUGGCUACGAUCCGGAGAGCACGCCCGUGCGCAAAUCCUCGACUAGCAGCAUGCCAGCGAGUCCAGCUGCCUGGCAGUUGGAUGUGGGUGACGAUGAUAUGCGAUCGCUGGAGAACGCCAGCAAGCUGUCCACCAUACGGAUGAAGCUGGAGGAGAAGCGGCGGCGCAUAGAGCAGGACAAGCGCAAGAUCGAGAUGGCCUUGCUGCGACACCAGGAGAAGGAGGAUUUGGAGUCGUGUCCGGAUGUGAUGAAAUGGGAGACCAUGAGCAACGAAUCGAAGCGCACGCCCGACAUGGAUCCCGUUGACUUGGACAAGUACCAGCAAAGCAUCGCCAUCAUGAACAUGAAUCUGCAGGACAUUCAGCAGGACAUCCACCGCCUGGCCACGCAGCAGAGUCAGAUGCAGGCGCAGCACCUGCAGGCCCAGCAGCUGAUGCAGGCUCAGCAGAUAGCCAACAUGCUGAACCAGCAGCAGACCUACGGGUCGCAGCAGCACCUGGCCGAUCACCAUUACCAGCAGCCGAGACCCAUGCAGCAAAGCUUUGGCUCAUCGCCGCAUCUUCCGCAGGCCUACAACGCCCCAGUCAGUGCGUACAGUUCCCGUCCGCCCAGCCGCGAUCCCUACCAGCAGCAGCUCCACCAGCAACAUCAGCAGCAACAGCCGAUGGCCAUGCCCCAGUACGUCAACGAGCAUGGGCAGUACAUGUCGCCGCCGCAGCCCGCCCACUACAUGCAGCAGCAACCGCAGCAGCAGCAACAGCAGCAGCCGCAGAGCAUCUACAGUGACAACGGGGCGGCGUACAACAACCACUCGCCCUACGGCGGAGGAGCUCCGCAGUAUCGGAGCAGCGUGGUGUACGAUGAUUACGGGCAGCCCACCAAUCACUUUUACCUGCACGAAUCGUCGCCACAGCCGCAGGCUCAUCCGCAUCCGCAGCGGAGGACUUGGGCCCACUCCGCAGCAGCCGCCGCCUACGAGCAGCAGCAGCAGAUCCAGCAGCCUCUGGUGGAUGUGAAUGCCUGGCAGACGCAGCAGCAUCAGCAGCAGAAGCAGAAACAGACCUGGAUGAACAGGCCGCCCUCGAGUGUGGGCGCACCCAGUCCCGGCAGCUUUGUGCUGCAUCAGAAUGGAGGAGGAAAUAACGGAGGAGGUGGCGAACUACAGCACCUGUUUCAGGUGCAGGCCUCGCCGCAGCACGCCCAGCGUCAGGUGAGCGGUUCGAAUGGCGUGCAGCGCCAGCAAUCGCUGACCAAUUUGCGCGACAAUCGAUCGCCCAGGGCACCGCAACAAAUGGGCAUGCCGAUGCAGCACGAGGACAUGAUGGCGCCGCAGAGCAUUUGCUUCAUCGGCGACGAGGAGGAUGUGGAUGAGCUGGAGCGCAACAUCAUUGAGUCCAUGCAGUCGACGCGCAUCUCCGACUUUGUGCACCAGCAGCAGCAGCAACAUCAACAGCAACUCCAGCAGCAGCAGCAGCGAUUGCAGGGGCACAGCGGACGAGGCAGCAGCUCGGAGGAUUACGACAGCGGGGAGAUGAUCUCCAACAAGCUGAACAUCACCAGCGGCAACCUCACGUACCGCAUACCCUCGCCCUCCCGUCCCUCCAUCCAGGCCAACAGCUUCCAGGAUCCCCGAUCCCCAAUGGCAGCGGCAUCCGGCGAGGAGCCGCCCGAGAAGGGCUUCUACAUCUCCUUCGACGACGAGCAGCCCAAGCGACCCAAGCCACCGCUGCGGGCCAAGCGAUCGCCCAAAAAGGAGGCUCCGCCGGGUGGAAGGGACAGCGUGGAUAACCAGGCGACCCUCAAACGUGAAUCGCUAAGUCAGCUGCACAACAACAACAACAUUGGAUUCGGCGGAGGUGAGGAUGUGGUGAGCAGCAAGCCAGUGACCAGGCACAGCAUCCACGGGCUGAGCAACUCCAACAGUGUCAAAUCCCCCGGGAAUGCCACCUACAACAAGUACACCGAUGAGCCGCCCAUCCAACUCCGCCAGCUGGCCGUUUCGGGAGCAGUUUCGCCGACUGGCAACGAACGCCGCCACUUGGAGGAUGUGACCAAUCAGACGCAUCAGCAGCAGCAGCAACAGCCGAUGUCGCCCACGCGACUCCAGCAGAGCAGCAACAAUGCGGAGGCGGCCAAAAACAAGGCGCUGGUCAUCGGAGCAGAUUCUACGAAUUUGGAUCCGGAUUCUGUAGACGAGAUGGAGCGGCGCAAGGAGAAGAUCAUGCUGCUGUCCCUGCAGCGUCGCCAGCAGCAGGAGGAGGCCAAGGCGCGCAAGGAGAUCGAGUCUUCCCAGAAGCGGGAAAAGGAGCGCGAGAAGGAGGAGGAGCGGUCGCGCAAGAAGGAAGAGCAAAUAGCUCGGCGAGCGGCCAUUUUGGAGCAGCACAGACUCAAGAAAGCCAUCGAAGAGGCCGAGCGAGAGGGUAAAACCCUGGAUCGGCCCGACUUGCAUGUGAAACUGCAACCCCAUUCAUCCACCUCAACGACUCCGCGGCUGAGGCAGCAGCGCACCACGCGUCCCAGACCCAAGACGAUCCACGUGGACGAUGCCAGCGUGGACAUCAGCGAGGCUUCGAGCAUCUCUAGUCGGGGCAAGAAAGGCUCAAGCUCGAAUCUAACCGGCUACGGUCAACUAAGCUCAAAUUCAAUGAAAAGAGAUUACUACAGGGGCUCGCAAGACUCCCUCACUGUAAAAGAUUCGGGACUGGGACGCGCCACUCCGCCGAGGCGUGCUCCGUCGCCUGGAAUGGGAAUGGGCGCUUCAGGUAGGCAUAUGCCAUCUCCCUCCGGACCGGGCUCUUUGCCGCCAGGUUUGAUAUCGAAACGUCGCGGAUUUGAUGAUGGAUCCAGCGAUUUCUCUUUAACUCCGAAUUUGAACAUGGAAUAUUCGGGUCCCAAACUCUAUAAACAACCAGCGGCCAAAUCGAAUCGUGGGAUCAUCCUGAACGCCGUUGAAUACUGCGUUUUUCCCGGCGUCGUCAACCGCGAGGCCAAACAGAAAGUGCUGGAGAAGAUCGCGCGCUCGGAGGCGAAGCACUUCCUGGUACUCUUCCGGGAUGCGGGCUGCCAGUUCCGCGCCCUCUACAGCUACCAGCCGGAAACGGACCAGGUGACCAAGCUGUAUGGCACUGGGCCUAGUCAAGUCGACGAAGUGAUGUUCGACAAGUUCUUCAAAUACAACUCAGGCGGCAAGUGCUUCUCGCAAGUGCACACAAAGCAUCUGACGGUGACCAUCGACGCCUUCACAAUACACAAUUCCCUGUGGCAGGGCAAGCGGGUGCAGUUGCCCAGCAAAAAGGACAUGGCGCUGGUAAUCUAAACGGCAUUCUGGGUAUUUUGAAUGGCAUUCAUCGGAUGCAAGGAGGCGGCGGCGGAGCAGUUGGGCCAUCAGGGCGCUUGGCGCUCUUUUGGUCGGAACAACACACUAUUCUACAAGUUUGCGCAUUAAGACAUCUAUGGAAACAUAACAAAACAUAUACCGAAAGUUAUUCUGUAGGUCGCGGGGUUUUGGUGUUCAUCGGGGCAUAUACAUAUAUGUACGUACGGCUACUUACUAUUUGCACAUGUUUUGAAGAACAAAGGAAAUCGGAAUUUACGGAAAAUAUUGUAGUGAUUAAUACAAUGCGAUUGAAUAUUUAUUUUGAAUAUAAAUGCAUAUAUCCAGCCUAAGAAUUUAUUGUUCACGCAAGCCUGAAACAGUAGGAGAACCAUCUAAAUGUAAACCAAGAACCGAACAGAUAAGAACUAGGAACAGAACACAGAGCAGAGCGCACUCGAAAGCCAAAAGAAUGUAAUGGAAUUUUGAAUGAAUGUAUUUUUGUUGCAACACAGCAAGCUCCGCUGAACGAGAGGAUGAGGAACAAAUGUAGAAAAUCCCUUUUUAUUAAUUUGUUUUAUAUUGUUAUGAAGUUAUUCAUGUGAAAUUUUUUCUUUGCCUUAGGCAGGCGGAUAUGAAAUCGUGUAUGGGCCGCAGCCAAAGUCGAAACUAAUUUUAAUGCCACUAGCUAUUUAUUUUAACACUAAUUAAUACCUACUUUUUAUGCGUAUUUAAAAAGGAAUAAUAAUACAACUAAUAUUUAAAGAUAUCUAUAUCUAUACAACAAGAAAAAGACUUUUGACUGCUGAAACGAAACGGAGAUCCAUUGUUCUUUUAGAUUUCAUUUUUGGCAAAGUCAGAUGCACGACGAGCAGUCAGACUCUAAAGCUCUAAAAACUUCACUACAAUUUUAUCGCACUCCUAACGAUUAGAAUGCAUUUGCUUCCUAUGUUGAGGCUGGCUGGAAUUGACUUGUGUAACUGCCAUUGACCUUACUUUUAACUCUGUUCAAUGAUCACUUUUUAGACCGCUCAACCGUUCGAUGCACCUGCCUGCACCUUAGUCCCUAACCCACACUCAUCCUGUUUUUAUAAAUAAAGCGAUCGAUCAAUCCACGCUGCUAUCUUAUAAUUUAUUGUGUAAAUUCGCCGGCUCUCUCACUUGUUUCCAAAACUGAUAUUACUCCAAUAUCCGAAAGGUAUUUCACACGCCGCAUUGUAUUUCAAAAACGAUUGACGUUAGAUAGCGAAGUGAGGGUAAAAAAAAGCAAACUAAUAGAGCAUAAUCCAACUAUGAACCGCCAUUACGGAAUGAUUCCGAGCAGAUCGGUAAUUCGGGGGAUCAGGUUAAAAUAAAUAUAUGUAUAUGUAUGUGCGUGUCGGCGCAUUUGUGCCCUCGGCGCAAUUCGCUCCUUAAUAAUGAAUAUUAAUGAGAUCUAAACAUUAUUAUAUAAAAUGUAAUAAAGUUAUUGAACAUGAUUAUUUAACAAAA